CACGCACACAAAAAUUAUUAAUUCUUUAUAAUCAAUAUACUUGUUCAUGCCAAUAUACUGUGUUAAAAUUCGAAUUAUAUUCUCAGUUAUUGGUAAGACUGAUUAGUAAGGCUAUUCAAGAUUGGUCAAGAUUGAAAAAAUAAAUAGUUUAUAUAUGACAUACAACAGAUAACUGACCAACAAAUAUAGACAUAUAUUGAAUGUUUAUAAGAGAAUUCUUCUAAAUGAUAACUGAUAGUUUUUUGUUUAGAUAAGUUAAACUUUUGUGCACGCAAUGGGAACUCCCUUUUCAUUGUCAGGGAUGCAAAGAUUUCGUUCGAUUUUCACUGCGAUCAGUAAUAGAAAGUGAUCAGAAAGUGGUUUGAGUUUCGUUCGUGAAAAGAUACAAAGAAGGACAUAGAGGCUAGAAACAAAAUGACUGAGAACUUGGAUAUAGAAACCCAGAUUAUAUAUAAUAAAAAAGUCACUAGUCAUUAUGAUAACAUUAUUGAUCAAUUACCAAUUUUAAAAUUUCCUGAAGUAUCUAAACCAAAAGAUUUAAUAAUUGCUCUGAAAAAUAAUUUGAAGAUUACCGAUAAUAACAGCCUGAAGGUUCAAAAUUAUACAAAAUGCAUUGAAAGUCUUACAAAAAUUAAUAAGAUACAAGAAGAGAACUAUUUAUUUCUAUUUAAAAUUUUAUUAUACAUGGAAGAAUUUGCAAAAUCUAUGGAAAUAAAUAAACAUAAUUUAAAAUGCCAAGAAAUAAAACAAUUUUCAAAGAAUAUAUUUUAUAUAUUUGUACCCACUUUAAAUAUUGACGAUCCUUUUGUCAAAAUGGAAGAUAAGAUUGUAUUGGUAGACUUAGAGGGUCAUUCAUACAAUGCUCAAAUUACAAAAAUUUCAAAUAAAAUUAUAUAUGUUGAGGUUCCUAAGAAAUUUGUACAUAGCUAUGUUACGGAUAAGAAAUACGAUAUAAAAUUUAUGUAUUCAAAUUGGUCUAUGAAAUGUUGUCAUUAUGCGUUGUAUUUAGUUAAUAACUAUAAUCUUACAUCGUUAAUGUAUCCAACAUUCAGAACAAAUACAAAAUAUUUAAAAUCAGAUUUAAAUUGGUUGAAUAAGUCUGUAAAAGAAAAUACUGAACAAAAACAAGCAGUGAUAAAUAUUUUAAGUAUGACUGCUUAUCCUGCACCAUAUAUAUUAUUUGGGCCACCUGGUACUGGAAAGACUGCUACAUUGGUUGAAUUAAUUUGCCAGAUAUGGCAGCAAGGUACAUCAAAAAGUGUAUUGGUUUGUGCUUCGUCUAAUGCAGCUAUAGAUGAAAUUACAAAAAGAUUAUUAAAAUAUAUACCUGCAAAUGAAAUGCAUAGGAUGUAUCCACGUUGCAAAAAAAGGUCCGAUGUAGAUCCAAUUAUAUAUCCUUGCACUAAUUUUGUAAAUGAUACAAAUAUCUUUUUACCCAAGGAAAUUUUAUUACUUAAAAAAAUUAUUCUCACUACGAUAAUUUCAUGUACUAGGCUUUUUACAGCAAAUAUAAAGGAAAGUCACUUUUCUUUUGUAAUCAUUGAUGAAGCAAGUCAAUCUAUAGAACCAGAAACAUUAAUACCGUUUUUGUUAGCAUGUAUGAAAGACGACGAAAACAAAGGUUCGUUGCAAGCACAAAUUGUUAUUGCAGGCGAUCCUUGUCAAUUGGGACCAUCUAUUCAAUCAAAAAUAGCAGAACCGUUGUUAGGUAUAUCAAUGUUAGAGAGAUUAAUGGAAUUUCCUGUAUAUAAACAAGACAAAAAAAACGAAUAUAAUCCGCAUUACAUAACGAAAUUAAUACGAAAUUUUCGAAGUCACAGUAGUAUAUUACACGUGCCUAACGAAAUAUUUUAUAAUAAUGAAUUAAUUGCUUGCGGAGGUCCAGAAAUCAAUGCGGCAAUAGGAUGGUCAAUAUUGCCAAAUAAGAAAUUUCCUUUAAUAUUUCAUGCAUCGAAUGGUAAAGAAAAGAGAGCAGAAAAUUUGUCGAGUGUUUAUAAUCUUCAAGAAAUAUCUAUCGCAAUGAGGUAUUUAAGGUUAUUAUUGAACAAGAAGUUUGGAACUUUACAAAUUAAGCAAAAUCAUAUAGGUAUUGUAGCACCGUUCAGGCAACAGCAAAUCAAAAUAAAUAUGGAAUUAAAAAAAAGAAAUUGGGAAAAUAUAAAUGUUGGCACCGUAGAAACGUAUCAAGGGCGUGAAAAAGAAAUAAUUAUUUUGACUACAGUACGGUCUCGUCAAUUUAUGCACGAUGGAAAACAACAUAUUGGAUUUUUAUCUAACAAAAAAAGAUUCAAUGUUGCUAUUACUAGAGCAAAAUGUUUACUUAUCGUAAUAGGGAAUCCAACAGUCCUACAGACAGAUAAUUGUUGGAAAUUAUUAGUGGAAUAUUGCAAACAAAAUAAUGCAUACAUUGAACAUUCUUCUACAACUGCACGUAUAUUUGAAAAAAAAGAAUAUGAUUCUAAUUAAUUUUAGAUAUUACAUAAUUAGUUAUCGCAUAGUUAUACACGCAUAGUUAUAUUGCACAGUUAGUACAAUAUCAUGACAAAAUGAGUUAAGUUACAAUGAAAAUAAUAGAUAUUAUUUGUAUUAAUGGGAAAUUUAAAUAUUUUCAUUUUUUUUCUUAUUUUUUUAUUUUUUUUUUUCAAUUGCCAUUUAUUCACUAUUACGGACGAAGAAACAAAUAAAGCUAUGAAUAAUUUUAUGGCAAUCCUUCGUACAUUUAUUAAUAUAUUUUUAUCGAUGUAGCAUUUUAAUCAUACAUGUAUACUAGAUUUAUUAUAUAUUUAAUGAAGUUAUCGAAUGUUUCUAAAAGUACGUAGAAAGCAAACGUCGUUUGUGAUUUCUUUUUACAUU